AUGGAACAAUUACAACAAAUUUUAAACAAAUACGCAAUUAAUCUAACGAAUACUAAUACCUUAAUUGAGCAAUUUUUCUACAAUCACAUAAAUAAUGCUUUACUAUUAGGACUUAUAACUAAGGAAACCUCCCUACUGAAUCGUUCCGAAGCAACUGCAAACCUCCAUCAUGAAAUAAUAAAAAAAGUUAAUCAAGAGAUUUGGAAACCAAGUCGUACUAUCACUCAAGUACAGACCAAUCGGCAAAUACAGAUUUCAGUAAACUCUCUUAAAGACAAUUCAAUUAACGAAAAACAUAUAAGCAUUUUCAG